AUGGCAAUGUCUUUAGACCAAGUAUUCUCAACAAGUAUUCUCAACCUUUUAAUUCCCGACACCUCCCUCCAAUUUCCACCGGAGUCAUCGACGGAUGAAUGGUUGGCAAAUGCACAAGCAAAUGCUGUAGAAAGACAGCAGGCUUUCUUCGAUGAACAGCUACACUCCUUGUUGGUGCUUCGUAUCAAGAAUCCCCCUGAUGAGCCACCAGGUGACCCGUCGAACCCACCUGAAGUCAUUCUCGAUCUCCUUGCACAUACACAGGUGUCACUGGAGGCGUCGUAUAUCUCAGCCAUUCCGACAGCUACAGACACUCCACGAACAUCCAGACUUCUAGGGACUCCACGUACAGGUGCCGUAGGACGCCCGAGCGGCAGACUCAAUCCACAUCCUUCAAUACUUCCUCCAAGCACUCCUAAUCCUAUGCCGUCAACUGCAGAUCAAGAUCGCAAAUAUUCUUCAUCGGAAGGAACCAUCUUAGUAGCAAACAUCUGGGGAAACAGCACGAAUGAGGAGACAGGGGAAUCUUUUGCGCUUCUGUGGUCUGAUGCAGAGGAAAGUUGGAUAGCUGUUUAUCGCAUGGCCAUAACAGUGUCAUUUCUGAGGCUUCCUUUCAACAAUCCGUUACUAUGUCUUACUGUCUCAGCCACACUUCGCGAACGCCCCAUACCUACUCAUUCCAAACACCCCCUCGCUCGAUUUUUGGCCUCAGUUCAGGAAAGACAUUCGGGGACGACAUCUCCUGAAGAACCGGCGACAGAGGAGGACGAUGAAAAAUUACUCGAUGGCUUGGAAGAAGUCAAUUUGUUAGAGGGACUUUUAGCAGGCCCGACUUUCGGAAAGACAGGUGCACCAGAAAUCAAUCUCCCUUCUGUUCGGCUCGGAAAUGUCUCUCGACAAAAACUCUUUUCGUUAGCACCUGUGCUGGCGGAAACACCCUCUCAACCUUCGCCCUCCCCUAUGACAGCAGUUCGCAAAGCCCAUCCUACCCUUCGUAAAUCCUAUCGAAAAACUCUACAAACCGUCUCGGGUUUCCGAGUCCGGAUGAGAACCGUAUUUGUACCAUAUGUUCUCCUGCCUGAGACCGCGGGUACUAUCGAAGAUUUGGACGAGGAGAAAAAGGAGCAAGAACGACGCGAAGCUGGUAGUGAGGAAAAAACGGUAGUUCUUUGCGUCGAAAUCGAGAAUUCUGGUGACCUCGGGAUGAAUGCUGGCUUCCGGGUAGAACAGGUCGAAGUGAGCAUUGGGGGAGAGGGCGCCAAGGCCACGCUGAUUGGAUGGGGUGACUCGGGAUUCACCCCAGAUGCAGCUAAGCAUACUUUCCCUCUGAGGAUUGGACCUUUGGCCCAGUAUAACCUGUUGUACGCGGUAACAUUUUUGCGAUCACCUGAUGAGAUAGACGGUUUCUCUUUUGCACGGAGUGUGAGCAAUAACGCUAUAUCUCCAGAACUCCAACGCGCCGUCACGAUCACUAUUUUUGGAAAGCCAUAUUUCCCUCCCUCAUCUUCAAAAGUCUUGAUACCGGACAGCAAUACACUUUUAUACCCCACGGAAACCUUCUCAUCUCGUUGGAAUUGCGUUUUGGAUCUUGCAGCUCAGCAAGCCCAGCCAACUGAACUGCACGACCCCAGCGACCCUUUGACAAACUACCCCAAUAUUCUCCCAGAACCGCCUUCUCCAUUCCCCCUCUAUUCAAUGUAUAGUUCCAAUCCAAACACUGGCACGCCCGGUGGAGCAGGGUACUCUGCCGGAUCGACCCCGCAGUAUUCCGCUACCGCAGGCAGUCGACGAUUCACACUUGUUCCUGGAGCAAACUUCGCAGGCCGUACACUGAAGACGUUGACGCCUAGCAAGUCACUCAAACCUUCUGAAUUUAAUCGUGAACCUUCUCCUCUGAACUCAGGAAGAUUCUCGGCUAUUGUUUCUGCCGCUCAGUACAUACAGUCACCUACGACAUACAGCGCUCCACCGCCCCCUCCCAUGGCGAACACUGGGUCCAUUCCACCGCCUUUGCAAAUCCUACCGGAGUCUGAUGACGGGCAUGGAGGGACCGUGGGCAUUCCCCAUGGACUGGAUACGCCAAUCACUCCAGCAUACCCCGCGUUCCCGUCCAAGUUUGCCUUGCCACCUACUCCGACCUCGCAAGGGCCUAUUGCAUCAUCAACCCACGGCAAUGUAGGGCAAAGCGUUGAGAUCCGCCGUGAGCGCGGGUUGCCUGCCGACUUUGGCGCUGGCGCUCCCCCGCAGACACCCCUCCCGUUCGUGUCCGGUGCAUUUGGCGAGCAGAAGAUGUUGGCAAAACUUCAGGGAGCCGGGGCAAGCGGCGAAAGCAUCGUAGUUUCUGUUGGACUCAUGCCACUGGCGUACGAUAGGGGCAACGGGGACGCAGUCAAGGAUCUGGCACUUGGACCAGGGAAGAUAUAUCCUCUUGAUAUUUUCACUCUGGAUAUAUUUGUAUUCAACCAGAGUCUAUGGCCUAGACGCUUUGAAGUGACAUGCCCGGAGAGGAGGAGGCGCAGGAGAGGAGGUGCAGAAACAGGGGUCUAUGACGGAGGCAGUGAUGCUGCACGGAAGAUGGGAUACCCAGGAGUGUUGCCUUUGGACAGUCGGAUACGAAUUGGGCCUCUCCGCCCAUCUGCCUGCCAGUCAGUCAGGAUGGAUUUCCUCGCGGUCUCGCCGGGCGUGCACUCUAUCGACACGUUGACCCUGACGGAUAUUGAAUCUGGAUUCUCGACGAACCUUCGUUCUGUACUAGAUAUUGUGGUCCAUGAUCCAAAUGAGAAAUAA